GCGAUUGUCUCUAUCUGUCAUAAAUGUUGUAUUCAGUAUCACCAAUCGUAGGCUGCUCGCUACUGUCGAAUAUUUUAUAGCUAUUAACAAAAACAAAUAACAAUUAUUGUUCUAGUUAACGCACUUCUUUUUAAACGUACAGCUAUUUUGAUAUGAACAAUCUACCGAUCUGUCUCGUGAUUGGAGUGGAUAGCAAAAAUCCAGAAGAUGUUAUUAAAGGAAUAAUGGGUCAUCUACCAUCAGUUAAGGAGGACGAAAAAGGGUUUUCCUUCUAUCAGUGGGAUAUCAGUAACAAAUAUUAUGAUGCAUCAAUUCAUUUUUGCCAAAUGACUACAAAAAUGGUUGUUGAUGAAGACUUCUCUGAAAAUGUAAAUGCUUCCAUAAUCUUUUUCAACAGUCUAGAGGAAAAUGGCUUGAAAAAAGCAGAAGAAUGGAUUCCAUUCCUAAAUGAAUUUGAUUUAGGAGUUAAAAUACUUGUCUGUGAUCAGUGCUCGACCGAUGAAAAUUCUAAACACACCUCCAAAAUUAGCGCACAGCAAUGGUGUAUUCGCCAUGGAUUUGAAUUAGUUGAGCUUGAUCCUCUUGAAAAACCAGAUCCAGAUGACGAUUUUCCAGAAACUUUGGGAACUGACAGGAUCAUUCAAGCUCUUCAUGCUCACUCAUGGCCAAACUUAGAAUUAAAAAGUGGUGAAAAGAGUCGAAUGGAUCAUUUGAGUCGUUUGUUGUCAGGAGAAGACCCUGAACAAAAAUUGGACCAUUCGUCAUUCGAAGAGAAAUCAGGAACGAACCUGAUAGUUGACCGUCAAAUUAGCGAAGGGAUCGAUUCUUUUGAGGAACUUUUCCAAGCCAUGUCGCUGAUGAAAAGUCAAGCCAGCACUCUUCAAGGGGCCGAUCGGAAGGCUUAUGCUGAAAAAAUGACCAUGGCAUUUUGGCAAGCUAUAGAAGGAAGCCCAGAGGAAAUUGAAGGGCUUGAUUCGUCUGAAGAUGAAGGUUAAAAACUAAUCCAACACUUUUUUUUUCUUUGGGAAAGAGUUGGGAAAGGAUUUUGUUAUGUAUUAUUUAAUUUUUCCUAGUCCUACCCCGUUUAUGAAAUCCCAAAGUAAAACUAGCUGAAUCCAAUACGAAAAAGCUGCUUUGAUCUGUCUGUGUUUACAGUUUGGUUUUAUAUUCCUCACGAACGAAGAAUAGACAUGGGUGAUUAUUGUUAAA